GUAUAUACUAUGCCCCUGACUACCCUACCCUACAGGAGUACAGAGACUAUAUAGAGACACUACCUAUUAAUGAUGAACCAGAGAUCUUUGGCAUGCACGAGAAUGCCAACAUUGCUUUCCAGGCAGAGGAGACUAACCACUUGAUCCAGACCAUUCUGGACGUCCAGCCCCGUCAGUCUAGUGGUGGAACCGGAAAGUCUAAUGAUGAGAUCGUGUACGAGUUAGCAGAGAGCAUUCUGGGUAAACUGAUGGACAAACUGGACAUUGAGCAGGCCAAUCAGGAAAUGUUUGAGCCGGACAAGAAAGGUCGACUGAAUUCACUGACCACCGUGCUGACCCAGGAAGUGGACAGAUUUAACAAGCUUUUGAAGGUCAUCAAGAACUCUUUGGAUCAGCUGAAGAAGGCCAUUAAAGGUUUUGUUGUGAUGAGUGACGAGUUAGAGCUUGUCUACCAAGCCUUCAUCAACAGUCAGGUCCCCAGCCUGUGGGCCAAUGCCGCCUACCCCUCCCUGAAGCCCCUGGGUAGCUGGGUCAAUGACCUCAUUUACAGGUGUGCCUUCAUUGAUAACUGGGUCAGGCACGGACAGCCCAAGUCUUUCUGGAUGUCUGUCUUCUUCUUCCCACAAGGAUUCUUGACUGGUACCCUACAGAACUAUGCCAGGAGGUACAACCUUCCCAUAGAUCACCUGACCUUCCAUUUCCACCCCCUCCCUCACUUCCGGGAGCAGAAGGAGGUCACCGCUCAGAUGGCAGAACUCAAAUUCGGAGAGGAGAUCGAACUGGACAAAGAACUGCCCACUCCUCAAGAUGGUGUGCUGGUCCAUGGAAUGUUUAUGGAUGGGUUCCGCUGGGAUGAGAAGGAAAUGGUGGUCACAGACUCCAUUAAAGGCAUAAUGAACUCGGCCCUGUGUAUGUUCCACAUGGAGCCUAAGAUGGACUUUGUGCCUGACGAGGCAGAUUACAUCGCCCCACUGUACAAGACAUCAGCCAAGGCUGGAGUCCUGUCCACAACAGGACAUUCCACUAACUUUGUGGUGUUUGUUCACCUGCCUUCUAAGCAGCCUCAAGACUACUGGAUAUCCAAAGGGGCUGCCCUCUUGUGUCAACUGAAUGACUAAAGGGCAGACAACUCUAAAGCAUUUAAAUGGAACUUUUGUUUGUAACAGUGCUUAGCUUAUAUUGCACAAUGAAUGUGAAAGUUGAAAAAAAAUUGUACAUAGAGAUUCCACAAAUAUUCCGUCCUUCAAGAUUUUAUUUAUUUGUUAUAAGAACUGUGAUAAUUUUACAUGUAUUGGAGUGCAUUUUUGAUUUUAUUUCUAUUAGAUUCAUGAUAUACUUUUGUAUAUAAAUAUGUAUUUUUGUUGACUUAAAAGAUGUCUUUUCUAAUAAGUGCAAGUUGUUAGAUGAAAGCCUUAAAUCUGUAUUUUCUCAGAAAUUAUUUAUUUUUAUUUUAUUUUAUUAUCUGACUGAU